AUGAGUGUAGAUAUACGUUCAAGUACAGCUGCUGUACCAGAAGAUUCCAAUAGUAUAUUAAUCGAUGGAAGUAAAGUCAGAUCAAAAUUUGGUCAUGUUGCGAAAUUUACUAGUUCAGAAGAUAAUAUAUCAAAUGAUGAUGAACUUUAUCCAACACCUAUUGGAAAAAUAUCUCAAAUUUAUUCCAGCUGUGAUCAACAAAUUGAUAAUCCAGAUUAUUUUGAUAAAUAUUUUCUAAAUAAUCAAUUUAUUGGAUUAAAUAAAGAAGAAUUGAAAUCUUAUAUAAAUAAUAAUUAUUGGAAACGAAUUCGUUGGAUUGUUGGAAUAUCAUAUUGUGUAUUCAUAUUUUUAUUAUUUGUUGGAGCUAUUAUUUCAAUAUUAAUUUCUCCAAAAUGUCCACAUAAAAGUAAACUUCAUUGGUAUGAAAAAGAUAUUAUUUAUGAUAUUGAUAUUCAAAUGUUUCGAGAUUCAAAUCGGGAUGGACAUGGUGAUAUUAAAGGUUUACAUGAAAAAUUCGAUUAUUUUGAAAAAAAUUUUAUUAAAACAAUUCUUUUUCGUUCAACUAUUUUUUCAAAUCAAGAUAAAUUUGAUCUUUUAACAAUUAAUCCACAAGUUGCUAAUGAAACUAAUUUACAAAACUUUAGAAAAAUUCUUCAUCGAAAAGAUAUGAAUUUAAUGAUUGAUUUACCAUUAUCAUCAACAAAUGAUAUAAAUGGUUCUCAAUGGUAUGGAAAUAUUCAACCAUUAUCAAAUAAAAUUAAAAAUACAUGUGAAGAAAAUACAUUAAAUUUAGCUUGUCGAUAUUUUCUAUCAUAUGGAAGAUUACCAUUAGAUUUUAAUCAAUUAGAAAUUGUUAAUGAAGCUGAAAUUCGUCUUCGUUAUUGGUUAUCAACACAAAAAUUUGAUGGCGUUAGAGUUGAUCUACCACUUGAAUUUAAUGAAGAAACUGGCUUAUAUAAUAUAUCUUAUAAAACAAUACAUCAAUGGAAUUUUAUUAAAAAUGAUAUUGAAAAAAAUACUAAAACAAAAUUAAUAUUAUAUGAUAUUCCAUUUGAUUUAAAUAAUUUAAUUACUGAAAAUGAUCUUCAUAAGAAAAUAACUCAUCCAGUUAUUUAUAAUCAAUCAUUAGUAAAUGCUAAACAAUUAAAUCAAAGAAUUCAAUCAUUUAAAUUCAAUCAUUUACCAGUACCAAAAUUUUGGCAGUUUGGUUCAUUAAGAAUAGAUGAUGAAAUUCAAAAUAAUCUAUCAAAACAAUCUCUUUUAACAAUGGCAAUGUUAUUUGGUGGAACACCAGUUGUUCUUUAUGGUGAAGAAUUAGGUCUUGAACAAAAAAAAAGUCGUGUAAUGUUAUGGACACCUGAUAAACCUUCAGGAGGAUUUUCAUCUUGUGUAACUACAGAUUGUCUUCGUUUAUUUGCAUUAUAUAAUAUUGAUCCAUCAAAAACAAAUGUUAAACGUGAAGAAGCAAUUCAUGGAAAUGAACAAGAUUCUUUAUUAAUAUUAUUUCGUUAUUUAGCUAAAUUACGUCGAUCUGAAUCAUUUCAAUUUGGUUUAUUAGAAACAGGUUAUGAUAUAGAAACAAAUAUUUUUUGGUUUAUAAGAGAAGCAGCAGGAUUUCGAGGGUAUAUUAUUGUUUUAAAUUUAAAUGAAAAAGGAAAAGAAAUUAAUCAUUUAUCAUUACAUGAAUUAACAAAUUAUCUUAUACCGAAAUCUAUCUCUUAUGAAUAUCAAUGGCCAAAAACAUAUUUUCAAACAUCAAAUAAAACACAUAUCAAUUCCGAUAAUUUAUUUCUUCAUCCUCAGUCAAUAAGUAUAUUUUCAUGGAAAUCAAAACUUAUUCAACCAAAUAUUUUAUUUAAAAAAGCAGAAAAUCAUUUGGCUAAUCCGUAA